ACCCUCUCUCAGAGACCAAGAACGACCAAAAUCAAUCCCCAUUGAAAUGAAAAGGAUAAGAGAGCUUCCCCUCCUGAUGGCCAAGGACUCGCUCGACUGAUGCGCUGCUGCAGCUCGUGACAAUGGCUUCUUCGAUCACUUGUUCUUUCCAAGCUUGCAACCUGAGGUCCGCCAUUUUGGGCGAAAGAAAUGGGAUGCGUGUCUCUUCUGCUCCUGUAACUAGCAUUGGGUUUGCGAAGAGAACUAUACAAUGCAAGGAGUCGCGAAUCGGGAAGCAGCCGAUUGAGGUACCCAAGAAUGUGACACUGACAAUGGAAGGGCAGUCCUUGAAGGUGAAGGGCCCACUCGGAGAGCUCUCACAGGUUUACCCACGAGAAGUGAUAGUCGAGAAGGAGGAGUCUGGGUUCCUCAGGGUCAAGAAGGCGGUGGAAACUAGACGAGCCAAUCAGAUGCAUGGGCUUUUCAGGACACUCACCGACAACAUGAUAGUGGGAGUCUCUAAAGGUUUUGAGAAGAGACUCCAAUUGAUUGGAGUAGGUUAUCGAGCCAUGAUAGAAGGGAAGGACUUGGUUCUCAGUCUCGGCUUUUCCCAUCCGGUCAGGAUGGCAAUUCCCCAAGGCAUCCAAGUCAAGGUUGAAGACAACACCAGAAUCAUUGUGAGCGGGUUCGAUAAGUGCGCAAUUGGACAAUUUGCUGCCUCAGUCAGGAAGUGGAGGCCACCAGAGCCUUACAAGGGUAAGGGAGUGAAGUAUGCUGACGAGGUUGUGAGGAGAAAGGAAGGCAAGGCGGGGAAGAAGAAGUGAGGAAGAUGGUUCUCAUUUUCGACUUUUUGUUGUCUGUAUCAUGAUCUCAAAUGUUUAGUAAUCACAAUCGUAUCAAUUUGACCAGUGAAAUGCCAUUCAUUGCAGAUUUUGUGCAGCAUUCUUAUCUAUCAA